AGUGGCUCCGUAUUUGGCAUUAUUUGUGUUUUGUGGCGAAUGCAAUUUUGGACGGCUGAUUCCAGCUUGACUUCGUAUUUUUCGCGUCGCGAGAUGCGAAAAGCGCAUGCGAAAUUCUUUGUUAGUACGAAGAGCAUGGCAACAAACGCGCUCCGUGUCGGCCACGAUUUCCCAGCACAAUGCUGAGAACCAUUGGCAGCUCCCUUGGCUUUCGGCGACAGAAAGAAGGCGCAGAAUCUCUCCGCCAACAGCUCUUUGUACAGAUUGGGUGUCCAGACCUGUACAAUUAUCUUUUCGAUGGCAACAAACGCGCCGUAUAACAACCAAUGACUUGCCUAUAAUACGUCCUAUCGUUGACGCUACCUCGUCGCGUCCGGUCGUCGGCCAGUAUUACGUCAGGAACCUCUUCAACGCGACACACUACCCUGUCUGGCGCAUCCUCUCCGCUGCCAGCGCCCACAGGCGUCUCGAUUUACACGUUGGGCUUUUAAAACAGAAUAUCACGUUUGAGGAGUAUUCCCGCCUUAAACACAUCAUGGUCAAGUCCGACAUCGAGCAAGCAGCAUCGAUUCUCCGGGAUGAAGGGUAUGCGACACGAGAGCAGGACGAACGGGGGAAGCGCUUACCAGAGUGGUUAUUGCUUUCCCUUGUCGCGUUCAAAGUGCGAACAUCGCAUCAUGCCGCUGGCGUUCUGCUCGAGCUCGCCUGGUCCCACAUAGAAUCCCUCUCGUACAAGUACAAGCCAGGGCUUUUGAUUCUCGUCACCCUCCACCUUGCUAGGUUUAAUCUUUGCCAGCCUAUCCAACGUGUUAUCGACCAAUUUCUCCUCAUACGGGUGACUCCGCCGUCUGCUCAUUUCAAUCUCCUGUUGCACGCGCUGUCGACCAAUCGCGUUCGUUCUCCAGAGCAUGCUAAGAUGGUUCUCCGGAUCCUGCAAGCGAUGGAAUCACGGGAUAUCAAGCUAUGGCGAUCAACGUACCUCGUCUUGCUCAAUGACCGUUGGAUUACCCUUGAGCUGACCAAGUACCUACGGGAACGUAUGCUGCGGGAAGGGAGGAUCCCUGAUACCGACCAUCUCGAGGCUUAUAUCCGGAUAUUUGCCAAGCACGGUGCUAUCGAGGAUCCAACGCGAUACCAGGCAGAAGUCAAAAAGUUCUUUCUGUCGUCUAACACUCGACAGAGGGAUGACUUUUCCGCGUUCGAGUUCCUCCGUAGCAUGACCCCCAAAAGUGCACCUCAGGCGCGCACCGUUAAUCAUAAGCCUCUUGGAUUCAGGCCACAGAUGACAGAUCGGCAGUGGAACGCUACGUUUGCAUCCCUAGCGCGACCGGAGCGUCGGCACAUUCCAGCCAAAGGCAUUCUCUCACUAUAUCCGCAAAGGACGCUCUUCCAGCGAGGGGACCUACAGAGCGCAAAGCGAUGUCUAUCGAAACUCGUCCACUCUGGGUUAAUACAAGAUACCAAAGUCCUCUCAGUUGGUCUUCAAGUGCUGACCCACCUCGGGCAGCCCAACAAGGCAUUUGCAUUCCUCGGAACAAAGCAGCUCGAGGGUGGACUGUCCCUCUCCAGGGCCUCAUACCGCAUCCAGCAGCCCAUCAACGUGUCUGUCGUUACGAUGAAUAGCUUCAUCCUGUCUCUGUACCACAUCAAGCGGCCAGAUGUUGUCUUUCUUUUAUGGGAUCAUAUGGCUGGGAUGUACGGCGUGUACCCAGAUGGGAGAACGUUUUCGCUCCUGCUGCAGUGUAUACGACUUUCGCUGAGGAUGGAUGAUAACAUACGCGGGGCGCUAGCGCAGUUGCGUUGGAGACCGAGGGAGCCGCAGACGAGGGAAGACGUUAAACCGAAGGCGUAUCGCCCAGGAGUAUGGAAGCGUCCUGUCGAGAAGGCUGGGCACUGGGGAAGCGGAAGGUUGAUCCUUGAAGCUGGGCCUGGAACAAGGAUGGUGAACGUGAGCGUGACCUCGCAGAACUGCUAUGAUUAUUUGCUGCUGCUUGGUUUGGCGGGUAAAGAGGAGGAGAUUCCAUAUGUGUUGGGAUGGAUGAAGGAAUUGGGUAUCAAACCCACGAGGGAUACGGUGGCAAUGGCAUUGGUCUUUUGGGCAGAGGCAUGUGGGUUGGAGCCGGAGAGUCCGUGGAAGAAACUGGUGAAAUGGCUGAGGGGGUGGUUGGGAGAUGAGUUCAUGCCUGAUACGAGGAAGUUGGUCAAGUGGCGGGAGAUUAUUGUUCGUAUGAAAGGGCUGGAAUAA